AUGUUCAUCUUCACGGGCGCGUUCGGCUGGCUAUGGAGCCUCCUGGCCAGCUGCGCGGGCUACGCCGCGUGCACCGUGUGCACGCGGGCGUCCGUGCAGCUGACGCGGACGAGCGCGCGCCUGACGUACUGCGUCCUCUUCACGCUGUCCAUGAUCAGCGCCUGGGUCCUCCGGGACUACUCUAAGCCCAUCAUGAAGCACCUGCCAUGGAUCAUCGACGGCCACGAGCACGCCGCGAAGGAGUGGUUCGGCGUCCAGGCCGUCUACCGCAUCUCGUUCGGCACGUGGCUGUUCUUCGCCAUCCUGUCCGCGGCCUUGGUGGGCGUGCGGUCGCGCACGGAUCGCCGCGACCAGCUGCUCCACCACGGGAACUGGGCGCUCAAGGCCGUCGCGUGGGCCCUCUUCAACGUCCUCCCCUUCUUCCUGCCCAACGGCCUGCUCGGGGCCUACUCCUGGCUCGCCCGGGUGGGCUCCGGGGUGUUCCUCCUCGUGCAGCUCGUCAUCCUGCUCGACUUCACCUGCGCGUGGAACACCAGCUGGGCCACCAAGGGCGACCAGAAGUACCUCUACGGCCUCCUGGGCGUCACGGUGGCCUGCUACGCGGGGUGCCUGGCCAUCGCCGGCGUGCUCUUCGCGUGGUUCAACCCCUCCGGCGUCGACGGCGGCUGCGGGCUCAACAUCGCCCUCAUCACCGUCUGCCUCUUCCUCUGCGCCUUCGUCUCCGCGGUCUCCCUGCACCCCGCCGUGCGCGACGGGUCCCUCUUCCCCUCCGCCGUCGUCUCCCUCUUCAUCAUGUACAUGUGCUACUCCGCGCUCGCCUCGGAGCCCCGCGACUACGCCUGCAACGGCCUCGGGAAGGAAAUGAGCGCGGCCAAGGGGUCGACUGUGGCCGGCGGCGUCCUGCUCACCCUGCUCGCCGUCGUGUACUCGGCGCUGCGCGCGGGCUCCAACACCGCCGCGUUCUUCCCGGGCCUGGACGACGACGACGUUGUCGCCGCGGAGCCGUCGGCCACGGAGCUCCCAGCGGGCGCGCGCCCGCUGCUCGACUCCCCCCCCGAGGAGCGGGCGCUGACGUCAGCGGGGCUGGACGGCGAGGACGACCCGGAGGAGGGCGUGCGGGCGGCGCCGGCGCGCGGGGGCCGCCGCGCGAGCACGGGGUCGGGGGGUGUCAAGGAGGACUCCGGGGGUGUGGCAUACAACUACGCGUUCUUCCACGCGAUCUUCGCGCUGGCGUCGAUGUACAUCGCGAUGCUGAUGACGGGGUGGGGGUCCGCGGACGAGGAGAGCGGGCUCGUGGACGUCGGAUGGGCGAGCGUGUGGGUGAAGGGCGCGACGGUGCUGGCGACGGCGGGGCUGUACACGUGGUCGCUGGUCGCGCCGUCGUUGUUCCCGGACCGCGACUUCGGCCUCGCGCAGACCUGA